UCGAUCAUUUGCGGAAAGUAGGACAAUUUUAUUCUUGAAAACCUUGGAUAAACAAGAUCAGUCAAAACAACAUCAAGAACAAAGCUGUUGUAAGCCAUGAUAACAAACACACACAACAAAGCGUUGUAAAGUAUGUUUGACGAGUUUUUCAACGUAUGUGUAAGUGGAGAUUAUGAAAAACUUGUUGAAUUAUUAGAAGUCGACGUAGAAAAACCUUUUUUAAAGGCAAAAUCUGAAGAUGGUAAAACAGGGCUCGAAUUGGCUUCUAGUUUUGGACACCUGAAUAUAGUCCAGGAACUUUUAAAAACUGGUGCACAAAUUAAUUCAGUAUCAGAUAGAGGUUAUAGUUUAAUUCAUUGGGCAGCAUGCUGGGGCCACCUUCAUGUUGUGAAAUAUCUUGUUGAUGCUGGCGCUCAUAUUUCCUGCAAAAACAUUCACAAUGAAACAGCAAAACAGAUAGCAGAACGUUACAAAAGAAAUGACUGCGUGAUAUAUCUUGAAAAAGCUGAACUUCUUUUCGAGCUGAAGCGUCUGGCAACAAGUUAUAAAGAAGUGAUUGCUGAUCCCGAAAAGAACAUGGGGAAAUUAACUAAGGAGGAUAAAAUUCACGGGAACAGAUAUUGCGAUGAGAAAAUAUAUUGGAUAGAAAAUAAUCGAGACAUGGCUAGUGCGCAACAAAUUUCGGAUAAAAUAAACGAGUUAAAAGAGCAACUUCGUGAUAGCAUGAGUAAACUUGAUGACUCCUGAUGCUUUAUGCCCACCUAAUUUUCGCUGUUAAUAGUGUCAUUCUUUGUAAAUAUUCCUUAUCAAGCAAGUACAUAUUUCAGUUUCAAAUUUAAUUAUUUAAAACUUCCACCUUU